AUGAUCCGCGGCGCCUGGAUGUCCCCCCGCGGGGGCGCCGCCGGCGGGGCCGUGUGCUGCGCGCCGCGCCGCAGCGACAAGCCGGUGGCCGACCCCGAGCGGGCGCAGAAAUGGCGCCUCUCGCUCGCCUCGCUCCUCUUCUUCACCGUGCUCCUCUCCGACCAUCUGUGGCUCUGCGCCGGGGCCAAGCUGCGCGCGCGGGAGCGGCCGCGGGGCCGCGGGCCGCGGGCGCUGCUGGCGGCCGAGCCGGCGGGCGGCAGCUGCGAGGCCCUGCUGGGCAACCUGAGCCGCGGCCCCGGCGGGCCCUGCCCCGCCGCCCGCGGGGACCUGGACUCGGCGUGCGCCCGGCUGCUCGCCCCGCAGCGCCCGCGGGCCCCCGGCGCGCCCCUGCGCUCGCCCCCCGCCGCCGCCGCCGCCGCCGCGCCCUUCUUCGCCUCGCCCUCCUCCAAGAGGACCUUCCUGCAGGCUUACUUCAGGAACUUCAACCUCUCCUUUUGUGAUACUUACACGAUCUGGGACCUGCUGCGGGAGAUGGCCGGCCCGGACGGCCUGGACUGCAGCCUGGACAACCUGAUGGUGGACCUGGUGGUGGCGGCGGCCGGGGCGCUGGGCGGGGAGGCCUGUAGCAGCUGUGUCCAGGCGUACCAGCGGCUGGACCAACACGCUCAGGAAAAAUACGAGGAGUUCGACCUCUUGCUGGAGAAGUACUUGCAAUCGGAAGAGUACUCGGUCAGAUCCUGCCUGACAGACUGCAAGGCUGUCUACAAGGCCUGGCUGUGCUCCGAGUACUUCAACGUGACCCAACAACAGUGCCGACAGCGGAUCCCAUGCAAGCAAUACUGCCUGGAGGUGCAGACCAGGUGCCCCUUUGUGUUACCGGACAAUGACGAGCUGAUCUAUGGAGGUUUGCCUGGCUUCAUCUGUACGGGGCUGCUGGAGAACCAGCUGCCCGAGGAGGAGGCCAAGUGCUGCGAGGUGCAAUGGGACUCCUGCGACCACCCACCAGACAGCAACGACAACACAUCCCCCAAAUCCACGGCGUCAGAGUCACUCCAUUUCCACCGCCACGACCCCCACGUCCAUCACCAGCAGCAGAACCACUACCAUCUCUACCACCACCACCAGUACCACCAGUACCACCAGCCCCGCUCCCCAUCCUUGCUGCCGGUCUCCGCAGGGUCUCGCCUCGGCAGCAGCAGGAUCAGACUGUGCGUGCUGGUCCUGAUGCUUCUCCACACCAUGGUGUCCUUCUCGAGCGUGCACGGCGGCGGCGGCGCGGCCGGGGGGCUUGGCCUGGAGGCCCUGCCCGCCCUGGAGGAGAGCGUGGCACCGGACGAGUGACACGGAGGGCAGGGCCGACCUCCACUGAGAACGCCAGAUCUUUUUCCACUAAGGGGGGCACAUGCUAUUCCUCCAAUGGGAGGCACGGGAUUGGGGGUGACGCACACACACCCCCCAAGAGCUGCUCGCGCGGGGCAUCCCCGUGAUGAAGAGUCUCUAACGCGCACAGGGCUGCGGGACCCGGCGCUGAGAAGGGUUCGGCUAGUUUACACCGAUCUGAGAACUUGGACAUGGAGCAGUUCCACGAAGAGGGAUCCGAGCCCUUGGAUUGCCGUGAGCAGUGUCCUGUGGAGCUGCUCUGUCGAGGAGCAAAAGCUCCCAGGCAGGCCAGGGGAGGGAGCACAGCCCCAUCCCUGCCUCCAGACAGCCGCAUCCUGGAGGAAAUUAGAUUUCUCAUGUCCUGCCAAGAGUUAAGCUGAUUCCAGGCGCCUCUCUCGGAGAUAGGCUCCGUCCAAUCUCGGAGCGACUCGUGUGGAGAGAGAACAGCCCCGUGUGGUGUGUCAGAGUGGCCCUGAGUCACUGGCCCUGCUCACUGUGUGCUGGGACACUGAGCAGCGCCGGGAGCACGGGGUGGCCCCGGCUCGGUCCCUGCACCACGUCCAGAUCCCAGAUCCGGCCCAGGGACUGUCCCGAGGGAUGUGUGUCCUUCUCCCUGCCCCUUCUCCCCUGUGCCCUGCUGGCGAUGGAGUGUCCGGCUGGGCUUGGGGACUUCUAGGGGCACUGAGGUUUGGUGAUGGGGAUUUGGGUUUCCCAGAGAAGCUUUGGCUGCCCCAUCCCUGGAAGUGUUCAGGUUGCAGCAACCUGAGAUAGUGGAAGGUGUCCCUGCCUAUGGCGGGGAGUGGAACAAGAUGAGCUUUAAGGUCCCUUCCAACCAAACCAUUCUAUGAUUCCAUGAUUUCCACAGGGCUGCAGGAGUGAGGUCCAAUAUCCCAAGUUAUCAUCAGGGGGGCUGGCAGGGUUUUGCUGGGAUAACCUGGGAGCUGUGAGAAAUGUCUUUCCCUUCCCUAAUGUGAGCUGAAGGCUUCACCUUGGGAGGCCAGGAGCACGCGCUGCAUCCCAAUGCGUCGGAGAGCGGAGCCAGUUCUGCACUGGGGUGCUUGUGGUGGUUACUGGGGGGAUGUUCACCCCAUCCGCCAGGCGAGGGACUCUGCAGGGCAGAGUAGGAGAAAAAUAUGUAGGAGACCAACAUAUUUUCCAGGCAGUGGCUCCCAGGAGGUGUUCCCACAGGGAUGAGGUACCGUGGGUGGGCAGCGGGAGCGCACGGGAUGCAGAGCCCGGGCUGGAGCUUUACCUUGUGCGACUGGGAGGAAAGUGCUGAGUCUUCACAGAGUGAGGCUUUGGAAGGAGAUCUUUUAUUUAGUGAGUCUGGGCUGCUGUCAAUAAGUUCUGUGGUUUUAGGGCACCAUAUGCUGUAUUCAACACUUUGCCAAUCUCCUUAAACAGAUCCAGACGAGGCUGUUCCUGGAGCAGGCCGGAGCAGCUGGAAGCUGUGUAUGGAGCCCAUCGGAUAAAAAUCCUCCCUUUGCUCUGACAUUACAACCUUCCUAAUCCUCCAUCUCUGAUCGCUCUGUCUUUGCUCCACAAGAGAACGGCCCAGAGAGCAGACGGUGACUUUGUCUCACUUCAUCCCACCGGCAUUACGUUUAUUACAAUAGGAGAGGAUAAAAAGGGAAUGUGCCUGGAUAAGCAGGGAAUGGGGUUCUUUGCCCUGUGCAUGCAGGUACACUUCACCCCAAGCCUGAUGUCUACCAGACCAGGAGCCAUUGCAGAGCCACAUUCCCACAGCCACCUUGGAAAGCCCCAGGUCUGAAUGCAUUUAUCCCACCAGGAAUUUUACACCAAGGGGCUUUCUUCUUUUCAUCCAAUGAUCCUAUGUCUUCUCCCUUAAGAAGGUGCCCCACAUUGGGAUUAAGAUGUAACACUCAACCUUUCUUUCAGUGGAUAAACUUCUCCUGCUGGGAGAAAACUCCCAGGGGGAAGCAGUGAUUCCUCCCUGGUGAAGGGGUUUCUCAUCCCUGGGGAGCUGAGGGAUGAUGAUGUCCCUGCAGGAUCCAGGUGAGGGCAGGGCUGCAGGAGCAAAAGGAGCCGGGUCCUGCCCGGCCACAUCGUUAUUCCCGGGUUUUGCACUUUCAUGUCGCUGCCAGUUGUACAAAUUAAUUAAAAAUAACUGAAGAAAAAUCCCAAAGAAAGGCCCCGAUUCCUCUGGGAAAGAUUAAUCAUUAGUUGAGCCUUUUUCUUAUGAAAAUACAGAUCCAUGGUAGCCCCAGGCAAAAGAUUCCCAGGGAGAGCCCUCACCAUUCGUGCUCCGAGUGAGGGAAAUCGCUUUGAAAGCAUCUGACAACUAAAGCAGAACAUGUUGAGUAACUUGGCAACACUCAGAAAACAUCUUGAAAUGGUUUUUGUUCAACACAUUUUGCUUUGCUUCAAUAGGAGAUGUCAGGGCAGUUCACUCACUGCCACUCAGGACUGCAGGCGAUGCCGGGAGACACUCCUGCCUUUGGGAAGGGAAAAUCCCUGAUAUCUGCUGCUCCUGGGGCAGGAUCUGCUGGAGCGAUGCCAUGGAGCUUCCCUUGCUGAGCUCUGCAGGUCCCUCCUGUUCUUCUGGUGGCACCAAGCGUGGAGGUUUGGUGAUGGAUAUUUGGGUUUCCCAGACAAGCUGUGCCUGCCCCAUCCUUGGAAGUGCUCAAGGCCAGGUUGGACAGGGCUUGGAGCAGCCUGGGGUAGUGGAAGCUUCCCCUGCCCAUGGCAGGGGUUGGAACUAGAUGGUCUUGAAGGGCCCUUCCAACCCAAACCUUUCUGUGAUUGCAUGAUUUCCACAGAGCCACGCGGUGAGGUUCAAUAGCCCAAGUUACCUUCAGCUUCUGAUUCAUCCUGAUCCCAUACCCUGGAACGGAAUGUCUGUAGGGAUUGGGAGAGACAAAGUCGGGACAGAAACAUUCUUGGAUUCUGCCAGAAUGUGAUGAGACAGGGAAUUUUGUGUGCUUUGAAUUUGUGCAGCACACAGCUUUGUGUGCUGCCCUGGGGCUUCCCAUCCCUGGGGGUUAAAUCUCUCUUAAAUUAUUCUGGAAAAGUUGGGAAGGGCCAUGUCCAGUGUUCAGGUUGGAUGUUAAUGGUCUACUUCAGGCCAUCAAAGCUCAUGGGCAUCCCAGCUGGAAGUACCAACAUCACACAACCCCAAACUCACCCCUUUUCCCCCCAAAAGGAGCCUACUUAGAGCUCCCAGAUCAGAGCAGGUCAGGGGUUGCACAGCUCCAACCACAAGUCCAUUCCAAGGAACUGAGGGGUUUUGGCAGCAAUUUUUGGGUAGUCUUGGUCCAGGUGGCUCUUUAGGUGAUCUUCCAGCCUGCACUGGGAAGGAGGAAGGGAGCAGAGGGAAUGCUGUGGUGGAGGAUAAACCAUCUUUAAUUAAGGAUCAUUAAAAAAAAUUAACUUGUAAUAGUUGUUGGGGUUUUAUCAAAGCUCUCAGCCCCUCUCACAGGCCUGGGCAGGAGAUGGAUGAGUUCUUGAGCCCCGUCCCUCCAUCUUUCCUUGCACUGCAUCUCCAGGACUUGUGUUCCAGACAAGGCUAGGAGCAGUUUCCAGCCUCGUUAGCAUUUUAGGAUGAUCCUUUUUCAGCCCAGAAAGUCAACAGCUUUGCUUGUUAUAAACUGAAACUCAACAAAAAGACCCAAGAAUUAAGUUUGGCUUAUGAAAUUUGGGUUUGGUUUUGCCAUUUUUAAAUGUAUUUGGGAACUGGACGUGCCCGAGUUGCAAAACAAAAAGACAUUUUGAGCCAGACAGUGAUUUUUUUAUUUUGAAACUUGUCAAAACAAGCCAGAUUGAUCAUUAUGACCGAUUUUUUUUUUCUUUUUUUGCAAAUUGAGAAAUGCAUCCAGAACAGGCCUUUCCCACAAAACCUUUCAUUUUCCAAAAAGAAAACGAAGAAAAAAAAUCAAUCACACUUUUUCUGCUCACACAGUUGGAACAGGCGGCAGCGGAUUGGGAGAGAAUAGCAAUUUGUAAGGAAUUCCAACCAGCUCUCCCUAAAAUAGCAUCCAGCCAGUUUCUCCAGGGCAGGAGGCUCAGUGGCUCCAUGGUGGGAACAGGCUGGAGCAAGGCCUGGCUGACCAGGGCAGCUCCAGGCUGGGAUAACACCUUGGGAAUGCAGGGACACCUCCCCUAUGGGAAUCAGAGGUGCUUCUGCUUGGGAGGAAUUCCUGGGAAUCCCCAGCCAUCCCUCUGAUGGAUGUUUAGUUUGGUUUUCUGUUCCAAACCAAACUGAAUCCAGCUUCUCCGAGCCUCUGGUGCUCGGACAUCGCUACGAGAUGCCUUCAAAAGGGAGACGCUCCCAUCUGUGCCUGGGAGUGUGAACUGGGAAGAAAUUCCACGUGUGGGUCCUUGAGGAAGCAGACUCCAUGGUUCAAGGAGGGAUGUGUUAAGGGAGAGCAUGACAAGCCCCCAAAUCCCUGCCCAUGUGCCCUUCUCCCUCCGGAAUGCGGGUCCGGCAGCCGGGCUGGGGCUCCCUGCCCGGGCUGGGGGUGCUGGGGGGCACAAGGGCACCUCGGGGGCAUCUCGUGGGGAUCCUGUGGGGACCCGACCCCGGCUGUGCCCGCGUGUGCCCAGGCUGCUCGUGACCGAACCCUUCUCAAGUGCUUGUGCCAUGUCGGUGGUGACAGAGCUCAGACCGACCACGAGGUCCUUUUCCAGUGCGUGGUGGUGAAACUCAAACCAACAUACUGCUGAAGUCAAAAUAUUCUUUCUAAUCCCCCUGCCCGGUUUCUCUUUCUUUCCAGCUUUCCUCCUCCGCCUCCCGACCCUCCCUCUCUGUUCCCACCCCCCUUCUGUUUCUCUUUCUCCCCUCUGUCAUAAGAAAGUGACUGUGUCCUCGAGGGGACAGUUUUCUUAUGCCAUUUUAUACACUGUGCUUCAUGUUUAGAACUUUUUUGCACUAGUUCCUAUUACAUUUAUUUUCCAAACUGGUUUGACAAAAAACAAACAAAAAAAACCCAACAAAAACACAAUCCCAUGCUAUAAUUCAGUUGUAUUAAAAUAUUAUCCUACUACUCUCUGUGUUCAAUAGUCUCUGUACCUGUAAUGCUUUCAGUUCUGUUGUAUUUUGGGGCCGAGGUUUUCUCUGCUCCUUGUUUAACCCAGUAAAGAAAUAAAAUGUUAAGAAUUGAUGAUAAA